CCAGCAAGCAAAGCUGCGACGAGAACUGGUCAGACACCGAUGACGAGGAUGACCAGGAGAAGAAGAAGACCAACCUGGUGUCAAAGGUGGUCAUCACACUUCAGGAGCAUGUCAAGUUCUUCUACAGGAAGUUGUCCACCGUUACGAAAGGUCUCCUCAUUCCCGUCAUCUUGCUCAUUGGUUACUUCGUGUACUUCAUCUUGGCAAUGGUCUACGAGUUUGGGAGUGAGUCCUCUGUACGUCUGUUAGCGUGUACCCUCCUUGGGUUGCUCAUCGCCACAAGAAGCUACGUCUCUCGGGCCGUUGUGUGGGCCGUGAGGAAACUGUACGGGGCUGACAGGUUGUCUCCCCUUCACAAACACAGACUUGGGAUCAUACGCUUCUUUACCAGAUGGCUUAUCUAUGGUGUGCUGGCCGGAAUCACGAUCUGGACACUGGUCGAGCAGGGCAAAAAGGAUCUUAGGAAUCUGCGGUCAUUGCCUGGACUAUUCAUAUUUCUCAUCAUCUGUUUACUGAUGUCGACCCACCCGGCAAAGGUAU